AUGCUCUACGAUGUCAGCCCUGGAGGGAGCUUUCAGUAUGCCAAUGUCUUGGUUCACUCCAUCUACCAGCUGGCACCGGAUGGCGAGGUGUGGAUGCUGCACAAGUACCUCUUCACUCGUCAGGACCUCCAAGAACGCACGACCUGGCGAAAGUUCCUCCAAAAAGUUCUGUCGGUGGGCUCUUGA